CCGGUGCCUGCUCCUAGCCCGGCGGAGGAGAAGCGGGGGCGGCGCCUGUCUCCGCGGUCGCUCGGUAUGGAUCUAUUCGACUUUUUCAGGGACUGGGAUUUGGACCAGCAGUGUCACUAUGAACAAGAUCGGAACGCCCUUAAAAGAAAGGAAUGGGAACGGAGAAACCAAGAAGUCCAGCAAGAUGAAGACCUCUUUGCAUCUGGCUUUAAUCUCUUUGGAGAGCCAUACAAAACCAGCAAAGGUGAUGCUCUUGCCAACCGUGUCCAGAACACAUUGGGAAAUUACGAUGAGAUGAAGGACCUGCUGACAAACCAUUCCAACCAGAGUCACCUUGUAGGCAUCCCAAAGAAUCCUGUGCCACAAACCACAGGAGAUAAAAAUGAGCCGAGCUUUUUCCCGGAGCAAAGGAACCGGAUGAUCACACCCCACCAGAUUGGUGGGAACGCCUCAACUGCGAUGCCUCCCCCAACUUCCCUGUCGUCCAAUCCAAGUUUGCUGCAUAGCCACCAGAGCAACAGAAAAUCCAGGACUGACUGGUCCCGGAGCAACCACAGCUCGAAUGGUGGCCAGCCAAGCCAACCUAGCAGCCAGCCAAAUCGGACCAAACAUAGCUCAUCUCAUGAGCCGGCCCAAGGCAGGUAUGAGGACCUCUAUACCUGCCAGAAUGAGCCCCAGAAAACUGGAGGAGGGGAGGAAGCCAACACACCACCUUCAUCUUCUCACUCAAGGAGGCAUAAUCAUUCCAAGUCCACCACGGCAGAGCACUCAUACAAAGAACCCACCCAUUCAAAGUCUCCAGUGGAUCUUGACUUCCUGAGCCAUGGAUCUCCUCUCCCUUCUACAUCCUUGCUGUCUGCCAGUAACAACCUUUCCAACCAGAACUUUCCUCCUGGACUUCACUGUAAGAGCAGCAUGACCCAGCAGAAACCCACUGCUUAUGUUAGGCCUAUGGAUGGCCAGGACCAGGUUCCAAAUGAUUCUCCAGAAUUAAAACCACCAAUAGAAAUGGAAGGUGUCUAUGGGAACCAAUCCUUUGGAAUUCUGCUGGAGGGGAAAACCAGUGGAUCCAGUUCAAAGAAUAAACUACCAAAGCUUGCAAUUCCCCAAAUGAGUGAAGUUAGCCUUCCCAAUGAUUCCAACUGUGUGGAGGAAAUAUUACGGGAGAUGACCCAUUCUUGGCCUCCACCACUCACUGCUAUCCACACUCCUGGGAAGGCUGAACAGAACAAAUUUGCCAUUCCAAGCAAGGUGCAGGAUUGCCAGCAUCUGACCUCAGGAUAUAAUGUGCAAAAAUGGAACGAGCCUACCAGUAAAGUUGCCACCAAAUCUGUGCCACAGAAAUCAAUGCUUGAAGAUGAUCUGAAACUCAGCAGUGAUGAAGAUGAUAAUGAUCAGACUGCAGAGAAGACAAAGCCUCGAAACAUUCCUGCAAAUGGCCUUCCAUUGCCCACAACACACAACACAGUCCUAAUACAUUCCAGUGGAGGGUCAGGAAGCUCCAGUGAAUCUGACAGUAGCUCUGAAUCCGAUUCGGAUAGUGAAACCAGCUCCAGUGACAGUGAAUGCAAUGAAGAAUCGCGCAGUGGAACUCCGGAGCCUGAACCCCCCUCAGCUAACAAAUGGCAGCUGGAUAAAUGGCUAAACAAAGUCAAUCCCCACAACAAGACGAUCAUCAACAACCAACAUGAAAGUCAUGGGGAGAGCAGUGCUCAGUCCCAGACCAGCGCCCAGAUUGAAGGACAGAACAAGGGGAAGCUUAACAACAGCUUGUCCCUGACCGAUUCCAAAGACAGGGCCCUGCGCAGCCCCAUCCGAGAGAAAGGAAAACCCCGCGUGGCCCAAAAACCCCCUGCUGAAGUGAAAAGCUCCAAGCAGAAGUCACCAGUGCACAACGAGCCAGUCCCACAGAGGACGACUGGGAAGAAGCAACCCAAAAAAGUAGAAAGAACGUCCAGUGCAGAGGACUACCCUUGGCCCAAACCAAAUAUGAUGAGCAGCACCCCCAAAGAGAAGGAGGUGCAAGAGAGCCCAGAGCAGGCCAAGCUGCGGGCUAAGAUCACUGCUGGGAAGACUGCUCCAAGGAAGGAGCCUAGGACCACCACAGGCCCUGCUCUGGAGAAGAAGAAGUACCGGGGCCCCAGCAAAACCCUUCCCAAGUCACGGGAAUUUGUGGAAACCGAUUCUUCCACUUCAGAUUCAAACACUGACCAUGAAGAAACCCUGCAGGCCAAGACCUUGCAGGCGGGAAGCAGCUCAGACAGCAGCAUCAAAGCCAAGGACUCCAGCAGCAACAUUCUUAGCGUCAGCAGCUUGACGAGCAAUAACAGCAAUGCCUCGGUAGACCAGAACGGGCCAGAUUCAGAGGAACAACUUUUCUCUCCCCUCCCCAUUGUUCAGAAUGAACCCCUCUCCCCGUUGAAAGAAUUUGAAGAGCUCAAGUACCUUUGGGUGAAAAUAGACCUGAGUUUCCUCUCUCGGGUCCCUGGGCAAGAUCUGGAUUUUGAGAGCCUCUCUGGAAAAGUAGACACUCGAGAGGGCAAUGCCAAGCAUAGGCGGCAGGCUCAUGACUCUCCCCUGCCCCCUGCUGAAAAACCCCCGGCUAAAACCAAAAGGAAGCACAAGCAGUCCGAAAAUGUGGACACAUUUGGCGAAAACAAGAAACAACGCUUGGACGAAUCUUCUGCUUCAUGCUUGCUUCCACCCUGCAUCUCUCCAAUACCCAACCACAGAAUAACCGGCACAAAAGAAAGCAACUCCAUGAAAAAAGUGACCAAAAAAAGGGAAGAAAAGCUCUUUCCACCUCCACUGUCUCCCCUGCUUGAUGAGACAGCACCCCGGCAUAACAUCAUUGACAACAGCUCCUUCAGCCAAGAGAACUCCCUACCAAACCCCUUGCAGACCAACACCUGCUCCAAACACAGGAAGAAUGAGAACAAAUCUUCUGUCAGCUCCAAGGGAAUCAGUGAGGAAGAUGCCCACAGCAGGCCUUCAAAUACUCUUCUGGAAUCUAGCCACUUAGACAAUGAUCUUUGGUUGACAGCUCCUACCUUCACCAAUGGGAAUCCUGACUUGAGAAGACCUAAGAUAACAUUUGAUGAUAUGCUCCACAAUGCUGAUUACUAUAUGCAAGAAGCCAAAAAGCUCAAGCAUAAAGCAGAUGCUCUGCUGGAAAAGUUUGGCAAAGCAGUGAAUUAUGCUGAUGCUGCCAUCUCUUUCAUCGAAUGUGGGAAUGCUAUGGAGCGUGAUCCAUUAGAGGCAAAAUCUCCCUAUACCAUGUACUCAGAAACGGUGGAGCUCAUCAGGUAUGCCAUGAGACUUAAGAAUUUCACUGGGUCUUCUGCCACAGAGGGAGACAAGAAACUUGCAGUUCUCUGCUACCGCUGCUUAUCCCUUCUCUAUCUGAGAAUGUUUAAACUAAAGAAAGACCAUGCAAUGAAGUACUCCAGAUCCCUGAUGGAAUAUUUUAAGAAUUCAUCCAAAGUUUCACAGGCCCCUUCUCCUUGGGGAGGCAAGAGCACAGAAACGCCAUCCCCUCUGUCUCUGAGCCCCUCGCCCAUCAGCAAUCUUGGAAAUACCGCAAGCACCACAGGGUCCUCUUCCGUGGGGACCGUCACCAUCCCCCAGCGUAUCCACCACAUGGCUGCCAGCCACGUCAACAUCACCAACAACGUCUUGCGGAGCUACGAACAAUGGGACAUGGCCGACAAGCUGACAAAAGAAAACAAAGAGUUCUUCAUAGACCUGGACUUGGUGAUGGGUCCAUUGACACAACACAGCAGUAUGACCAACCUGGUCCGUUACAUUCGUCAAGGACUCCAUUGGCUUCGCACUGAAGCGCACUUGUUGUAGUGAUGGCCAUCCCACCUGUCACAACUCCAUCCCGUUACCUUCAUCGGCACACAGGUGAUCACCGAUGGAAAGCCACUUCCUCUUGGAACUGUAUUCAUAGAGUUUAAUUUUGUUACAUUCUCUCUUUCUGUCUUAUACAAAACACAAAAUACUCUGUCAGAAGUGGAAUUGCCAUAAAUGGAAAAUAUAGCUUCCAAGCAGGGUAUGUGUUCCUACUGUUGAA